AUGGAAGUCUACAUCGAUGACAUGCUUGUAAAAUCAAUGGAAGCUGGCUCGCACCUCGCUGAUCUGAAAGUUUGCUUCGACAUCCUGGAUCAGUUCGGGAUGAAGCUUAACCCCACGAAGUGCACCUUUGCAGUCCCAUCAGGGGAAUUUCUGGGGUACAUCGUCACAGAAAGAGGCAUUGAAGCGAACCCGAGGCAGAUAAAUGCUUUCCUGUCUAUGAGUUCUCCUAGAACCUUGCGCGAAGAGGCCUUCGCUCAGCUCAAAGCCUACCUAUCUGAACCGCCGGUCUUGGCUAAGCCCGAGUUCGGUGAGCCGCUCUUUCUUUACGUAGCCGUAUCGGACAGUGCAGUCAGCGGAGUCUUGGUUCGUGAGGAAAGGGGGGAGCAGAGACCAAUUUUCUAUAUCAGCAAGUCAUUCACUGGGGCAGAGUCCAGGUACCCUAUGAUGGAGAAAUUGGCCUUAGCAGUGGUCACUUCGGCAAGAAAGUUGCGGCCUUAUUUCCAGUCCCAUACAAUCGUAAUCCUCACGACUCAGCCACUUCAAACAGUGUUACAUAGCCCGAGCCAAUCUGGGCGGCUAGCUAAAUGGGCUGUCGAGUUGAGUGAAUACGACAUCGAGUUCCGGACUCGAACCUGUGCUAAGGCGCAAGUGUUGGCUGAUUUCUUGAUCGAACUCCCACUAGCCUCUUCGGUUAGCGGCGAUGUCGAAGCCCCGUGGACAUUGUAUGUUGAUGGUGCUUCUUCCAAAACAGGAGCAGGAAUUGGGGUCCGCCUCACUUCUCCUGCAGGCGAAGUGAUCAAGCAGUCAUUUCGCUUGGCUUUCAGCGCGUCCAAUAAUGAAGCCGAAUACGAAUCCUUCCUAGCGGGCUUACGCCUCGCAGUGGGGAUUGGUGUCCGAAGACUUCGAGCUUUUUGCGAUUCGCAGCUGGUCACCAACCAGUUUUUGGGGGAGUACGAGACAAAGGAUGGUCGUAUGGAAGCUUAUUUGUCCGCAGCCCGGGAGUUAGUCACUAAGUUCGAGGAGUUCGAAAUCACUAAGAUCCCACGAAGUGAGAACUCCGCUGCGGACGCUUUAGCAUCUCUGACAUCCACCUCGGAUCCCACGAUGACAAGGAUUAUCCCCGUCGAAGUCAUCCAGUUUCCAAGUAUCCGUCUAGAGAGUUCAAACGUCGUCACUCGGGCGAUUAAAAAACAGUUGGCAGCUAAGGAAGCAGCUCGUAAGGCGGCUGCGGACUCCUUACCGUCAGAAGAUCCGGCUCCCGUUAUGCCCACUCCGAUGGAAGUUCAUCCACCUCAAGCUGAGCUAGACGCGAAUUCAACUCUGGACCAAUCGAGCUCACCGGUUGACAAUCGAGCUAUUAUCCCACAUGCUGCUCCUAGCGGCACGAAUUCUAACAGCUGGGGGGCAGAUGACUGGCGGAGCCCGAUCUGGGCUUACCUGGAAAAAGGGGAACUCCCAGCUGACAAAUGGGCAGCCAGGAAGCUCAAGGUCGUCAGUGCGCGGUACUGCGUUCGCAACGGAAUACUUUUAAGCCGAAGUGUAGCUGGUCCUUAUUUAACUUGUGUGGCUGGUAGAGAACCCACCAUGCUGAUGCGAGCUGUCCACGAUGGUCCCAAUGGAAAUCACUCCGGAGGGCGGACUCUGGCUUUCAAAAUCAAACGGCAAGGUUACUUCUGGCCUACCAUGGUCACGGACUGCGAAAAAUAUUCUCGGACUUGCGAGAAGUGUCAGAAGCACGCCCCGUCAAUUCAUCAACCCACCGAGCUCUUGUCUUCAGUGUCCGCACCUUACCCAUUUAUGAGGUGGUCGAUGGAUAUCAUCGGUCCGUUACAUCGGGGACCAGGAGGAGUUCAGUACGUGCUCGCUCUUACUGAAUAUUUCUCCAAGUGGGUGGAAGCGGCAGCCUAUGCGAAAGUAACAAGCGACGAAGUGGAACAGUUCGUGCUAAAAAGUAUAAUCUAUCGCUACGGGGUCCCCCACGAAAUCGUCACGGACAAUGGUCCGCAGUUCAUCUCCUCGAAGUUCGAAGAGUUCUGCACGAAGUGGAAGAUUCGACUCAAUAAAUCAACUCCGCGUUACCCGCAAGGUAAUGGGCAGGCCGAGGCGAUGAAUAAGGUUAUUCUUGCUAACUUAAAGAAACGGCUCGACUCUCGCAAAGGGCGCUGGCCAGACGAGCUGCAAGGCGUUCUUUGGGCAAUCCGAACAACACCUCGCCGGGCCACUAGUGAAACACCUUUCUCCCUGGUCUACGGAGUCGAUGCCGUAGUCCCAGCUGACAUAGAGGUCCCUGGAGUCCGUACCUCGCUGAACCCACUCCGAGCUGAGGAAAAUGAGGAGUUCCUACAGGAUACUCUCGAUACAAUCAACGAGCGGCGGGACCAGGCGUUAGUUCGGAUCCAGAAUUACCAGAACGCGGUAGCUCGAUACUAUAACUCCAAAGUCCGAGGCAGACCCUUGGCAGUGGGCGACCUCGUCCUCCGGAAAGUCUAUGAAAAUACCGAGGAGCUCAAUGCAGGAAAACUGGGAAUUAAUUGGGAAGGACCAUACAGAAUUACUCGUGAAGUCCGAAAUGGAGUUUAUCAGCUCGAGGAUUCAGAGGGAAAACCAGUCCCGAGGUCUUGGAAUUCUCUACACCUUAAACUUUUUCACAGUUAA